CUCAGCCUGCUUCUGCUGGGUUGGAGAGUUAAUUCCUUUGGUUUCUGCAUCCAGCAAAAAAAAAAGUGGCAAUGCUUUUUUUCACACAUUGCUUUGGCUUUGUGUUAGAUCUUGUUCACUUCAGGUACCAGUACUGCAAGGCAAAAACAGCUUUCUCGGCCGCUGUCCAACUUGUGUGUGUUGUCCGACCUACACGCAGCUUGACGCACCUGGCAGCUCGGAGCACACUCUCACUGCACCAGAAAGCGACGGGGAAUGGCGAGGAUGUCGGUGAGCGGCACAUGCUCUCCUGCCCGUGUCCGGGAGCUUCCUGCAAGUGGGAGGGACCGCUGAAGGCCAUUCUGCCGCACUUGGCCAUCAGCCAUCGCAGCAUCGCCAUCCUCCGGGGAGAGAGCGUCGUGUUUCUGGCCACCGGCAUUCACCUCCCGGGCGUGGCAGGGUGGGUGACAGUGCAGUCCUGCCUCGGCCACCACUUUGUGCUGGUGCUGGAGAAGCAGGAACGGCGCGAGGGGCGCCAGCGGUUCCUGCUCUUUGUGCUGUUGCUCGGGACGUCCAGACAAGCAGAGGGCUUCUCCUACCGGCUGGUGCUGAACCGUAACCGCCGGCGGCUGACUUGGGAGGCAACCCCGCGGGGCCUUACGGAGGGCCCAGCCUCGGUCAGGUCAAAUACUGAUAGCCUGGUCUUUGACACUGUGAUUGCUCAGCUGUUUGCUGAUAAUGGAAGCCUGGCCAUUAAUGUCACAAUAUCCACGUGCUGACAACAGGCAGUGAUAGCUGUCCAUCGUACUUACCCCAGCAUUCUUUGCAAACAAACACAUCUUUGCAAUAGCUGUGAAGUUACUCUCUUUUUAAUGGAUGACUGGUUAACCUUGAAUUGUUUGUCCAGUAUCACUGAGGCAACCAUGAUUUAGAUUGUUGGAACAUACAUGGACACUCAUCAGUUCUUUGUGUAAAUCCACAAUUUGAAGCACUGACGUGCACAGAAUUAUAUGAUGUUAUUGGGUACGUACCUUCCUGAGGACAAUUGCUCCUAGCUCAGAAAUCAUGUGCUAUAAAUUCCUUGGAAAAUGUAAUGAUUUUUAAAA